AGGUAUUGGCUCGUGUUUCAGGGAGCGCGCCCGGCCCUGCGUAAACGAUGGCGUUUGUGAAAGUGUUGAAGAACGCUGCUUACUUCAAGCGAUUUCAAGUGCAAAAACGCAGAAGGCGUGAGGGCAAGACCGACUACCAUGCAAGGCGUAAGAUGGUUCGCCAGGACAAGAACAAGUUCAACAACCGCAAGUACAGAUUGGUAGUUCGCUUCACCAACAAGCGUGUCAUUUGCCAGUGUGUUUACGCCACCUUGCGAGGUGACGUGAUUGUUGCCGCAGCAGCCUCCAAUGAGUUGGCUCAUUUUGGUAUCCCUGCUGGGCAUAAGAACUAUGCUGCAGCAUACGCCACCGGACUCCUGGUGGCCCGUCGUGUCUUGAAGAAGUUUGGACUGGACGAAAAGUUCAAAGGGAAGGAAGAGAUUGACGGCGAAGAAUAUCACGUCGAGGAUGAGGACAAUGAGCAACGGCCUUUCAAGUGCAUUUUGGAUGUUGGCAUUCGACGCACUUGUGUGGGGCACCGCAUGUGGGGAGCACUGAAAGGUGCGGUUGACGGAGGCCUCCAUGUUCCCCACAAGGCCAAGAACUUCCCUGGUUUCAAGGCAGCAGAUGAGAAAGGUGGUGAGUCGGAGUACGAUGCAGAGGCCCACAAGGAGAAGAUUUUCGGCAAUCAUGUGAAAGAGUACAUGGAGAUGUUGCAGGAAGAAGACCCAACAAAGUACGAGGCUCACUUUGCAAAGUACCUUGAGGCUGGCAUCGAACCAGACAAGAUGGAGGACAUGUACACGGAGGCGCACGAGAAGAUCCGCAAGGAUCCAACAGGCGAACCAGCAGAGAAGAAGGACAUCAGCUACGAGAGAGAUGGUGAUACCAUGAAGGCAUCCGAUGGCACUGAGCACACGCGCAGCCACAAGAUUACCCUUGAAGCCCGACGGGAGAAGGUCUUGGCAAAGAUUGCAGCCGCUCAGGCGAAGAUGAUGGAAGAGUGAGCCGACAGAAAGCGUAAGUGACCUUGAGAUCGAACGAGCCCAAAAAGAAAGCUAAAGGGUGGGAGC